AUGAAGGAGUGGAAUCGCACGUCGGUAGAAGAAUUCAUCCUGUUGGGAAUCACGGACCUUCCUCAGCUCCAGGUGUUCCUCUUCAUCACGUUCCUUAUGUUCUAUCUCUUUUGUUUUGUGGGGAAUCUGAGCAUUGUGGCUGUAGUCAUCGUAGAUCGGUGCCUUCACACUCCUAUGUACUUCUUUUUGGGAAAUCUGUCCUUUUUGGAUUUCUUCUAUGCAUCAACAACAGUCCCCAAGAUGUUAGCAGGCCUGCUCAUGGAAGACAAGGUAAUAUCCUUUCGGGGCUGCAUAGCCCAACUCCACGUCUUUCAUUUUUUGGGAAGCACAGAGGCCAUGCUCCUCACAUCCAUGUCUUAUGACAGAUACGUUGCUAUUUGUAACCCCCUACGUUAUCAUGUCCUUAUGUCAAAGAGCACUUGUAUCCAACUGGCAUCCGCCUGCUGGUUCAUCGGUUACUUUUAUUCCUUGACACACACUAUUCUAACAUCCAGGCUGCCCUUCUGUAGGAUGAACAGGGUCACUCAUUUCUACUGUGAUAUAAAACCUCUUUUGAGACUGGCCUGUACAGAUACCAGCCUCAACGAGAGCCUUGUGUCCAUUGUUACCGGCUUUGUAGCUCUUGCAACUUUCUUUUUUAUUGUGAUCUCUUAUCUCUUUAUUGGUACCCAUAUUCUAAACAUCCGAUCUUCUCAAGGAAGACAAAAGGCCAUUUCCACCUGCACUUCCCACUUCACCGUUGUCCUCUUAUAUUACGGAACUGCCUUUUGUACGUACCUGAGACCGGCCACUCUAGAUUCAUUGGAACAGGACCGAAUGACCGCCAUAUUGUUCACAGUUAUUACUCCAGCUUUGAAUCCUUUUAUUUAUGCCCUGAGGAACAAAGACGUGAAGGCGGCUCUUCAGAAAUUUUUUUUUGGAGAACACGUUUUUAAAAAUUAUUUCAUACAACUGUAAAUGUUGCUAUCAUUCUAAGUGUUAUUCAUAAGGAGUGCCAUAAUAGUCGGCAUAUCAUUAAAUCUGAUUAUGUAAAAUAUGGAUAACCAAUAAACACAAUGUAUCUUCUUCUGAGACAAAUAACUAUUGUGAUGUUAUAAAAUCC